UGUUGCUAGGUUUUAAAUUGUGGUUUUGUUGCCACUCUUUAUAUUGUGGGGAAUUGUGGAUAAACGUGGUUUUUGCAACCGCAAUUGCGGUCGUGGGUUUUAUCAUUCUUGAUAUUGCAGAAAAUUAUGGAUGAAUGUGAUUGCUGUGGCUGCCAUUGCGGUCACAAAUACUGAAAUACUCUAAAUUUUCUUGGAAUUUAUGAUGGGUUAAUGAUGGAGCAAAAAAAUUGUGUGUGUCAACUUUUGAAUAUCCUUUAGAGGUGUGAUUUUUGUUUUGAAGUUGUAGAGAUAGUUCGAGUCAUAGAUGAUGAUUAAAUGGAUCUUUUUAUGCUUGAUUUGUGGCAGGAGGAAAUACAUGAACUUCUUUUGAGUUUUGCAGAAGCUGGGGCAACUGUUGUGAGACUUAAAGGGGGUGAUCCAUUGGUGUUUGGGAGGGGUGGAGAGGAAAUGGACUUUUUGCAACAGCAAGGUAUCCAAGUCAAAGUUAUUCCAGGCAUAACUGCUGCAUCUGGAAUAGCAGCAGAGUUGGGAAUACCGUUAACUCACCGAGGCAUUGCAAAUAGUGUGAGAUUUCUCACAGGGCAUUCAAGGAAAGGAGGAUCUGAUCCUCUCUUUGUAUCAGAAAAUGCUGCUGAUUCUGAUUCUACCUUGGUGGUUUAUAUGGGCUUGUCGACUUUCCCUUCACUUGCACAGAAGUUAAUGCUUCAUGGUCUGUGCCCUCAGACCCCGGCUGCAGCCAUUGAGCGAGGGACAACACUUCACCAACGCACUGUGUUUGCUGAACUAAAAGACCUUUCUGAGAAAAUAACAUCUGCUCAGCUGGUGUCACCAACACUGAUUAUAGUAGGAAAAGUUGUUGAACUAUCCCCAUUUUGGCCAGCUUCUACAAAAGAAGAAUCAUGUUUAAUGCAGACAUGACGGACGAUGUUGUUGAGAAAUAUUACUGUGAUGUGAAGCUUGGUGGAAAUGAAGGGUUACUUGUGGAGGGUUGAUUUAGCAUGCACUUGCACAUAACAAGGGGUGAUGAUAGUCUUGAUCGAGAUUUAUGCAGGAUGGCUGGGAAAGCUAAACAAAACUAUCUGAUGUUUAUGGAAAUGAAGAACUUCUGCCACCGUCUUGGGGUAUCAAUGAUUUUUUUAGUCUUUGGCAGGAACUGUUUCAGAACCAAUUUUGAUUUUUUUUCAUGCUCAAGAUUGGGAAUAAAACAAAGUGCUACACAGAUUCACUCAGUUUUAUAAAAAAACACACCGAUUUUGGUAGCUGCUGUUGUCUUGAUCAGUGAGAACAUGGUCAUUGGAGGAAAAUUUGUGUUAUAACCUUGAGCUAUUUAGAAUCUUUCUUUCAAGAAAAAAUGUGGAAGUAUCAUCAUGUGUUCAUAUCAAUGUUGCUGUUAUUCAGAACGAUUGAUUCUGUAUUUCAUUCAUUGUUCUUACUUCA